CUUUUGGAAUUUCUUCUUCCUCUCCUCCUACCAUUUUCCUUUCACUUUCCAUCACUUUCUCUCGUUUCCCCUUCGCAAUUUCCCCUCUCGAAAGAGACACGCAUCGAAGAAAAUCACAUCACGGCAAUGGAGGAAAAGCACGCAGCAGCCAUCGAAUCCGCACACGCCGAAUCUAACGGCGUCUCUCACGGCGCCGACCACGGCUGGCAGAAGGUGACCUACGCUAAGAAACAGAAGAAGAAGACUGUUAACGCCGCUAACGGCGGCCCCGAUUCCCGCGCCAAUUCCAGCAAGCUCGUUCCGAACGGCACGCUGUCCGGCAACGACGGCGUGUUCCGGUCGCUCGAACUGCAAUCGGAGGACCGGCGCCGAAAAAUUGUGGAGGCGAAGAAGCUGGCUGAUGCCGCGUACGACGACGAAGACGCGCCGCUCAGAUCGAAGCAGCGGCAUCGCGACGACGACGACGAAUACGACUACGAUGACGAGAAUGUGGACCGUUCCGCGGAGAACGGGAAGGCCGAGGAGGCGAAGAAGGUGAAGCCGAAGAAACCGAAGAAGCCUAAGGUGACGGUCGCGGAGGCCGCGGCGAAGAUCGACGCCGCUGAUCUGGGCGCUUUCCUCAUCGAGAUAUCAGGAUCGUUCGAGAAACAGCAGGAUAUAUUGAUGAUGCGAUUCGCUGAUUAUUUUGGACGUGCCUUUUCUGCUGUGACCGCAUCUCAGUUUCCCUGGGUGAAAUUGUUCAGGGAGUCAAGCGUGGCUAAGAUCACCGAUACGCCACUUUCUCACAUAUCUGAUGCUGUAUAUAAAACAUCAAUUGACUGGAUUAACCACCGUUCUCCUGAGGCACUUAGUACCUUUCUGAUUUGGUCUUUAGAUAGCAUUCUUGCUGACUUGGGUAGCCAGCAAAAUGUGGCCAAGGGUUCCAAAAAGGCUGUGCAACAAGUGUCCUCAAAAUCUCAGGUUGCAAUGUUCGUUGUUUUAGCAAUGGUAUUGCGUCGGAAGCCUGAUGCUCUUAUAUCUGUAUUGCCCACAUUGAGGGAGAGUACAAAGUAUCAAGGGCAAGAUAAGCUUCCAGUGAUUGUAUGGAUGAUAGCUCAGGCUGCUGUAGGAGAUCUCUCAGUAGGUUUGUAUGCUUGGGCACGGAAUCUCCUACCCAUAGUGAUUGGCAAAGGUGGUAACCCCCAAUCCAGGGAUUUGGUUUUGCAGCUAGUGGAAAAAAUUUUGUCUACCCCCAAAGCACGACCUGUUUUAGUAAACAGUGCUGUGAGAAAAGGAGAACGAUUAAUUCCUCCUUCUGCGUUUGAAAUUUUGGUCCGGGUUACUUUCCCUCCAUCUUCAACUAGAGUAAAGGCUACUGAAAGAUUUGAGGCCAUAUAUCCCACUCUGAAAGAGGUGGCUCUUGGAGGUUCUGCUGGAAGUAAAUCAAUGAAACAAGUUGCACUGCAGAUAUUCAGUUUUGCUAUCAAAGCAGCUGGAGAAAAUAAUCCUGAGUUAUCAAAAGAAGCAGCUGGUAUUUUUAUUUGGUGUUUGAGUCAAAACACUGAAUGCUACAAGCAAUGGGAAAAUGUUUAUCAGGACAACAUUGAAGCAAGUGCUUCAGUUCUGAAGAAGCUUUCUGAUGAUUGGAAGGAGCUAUCAACAAAAUUGUCUCCUCAUGAUCAUCUGAGGGAUACCAUAAAGAACUUCAAGCAAAAGAAUGAGAAAGUAUUGGACUCUGAGACUGAUGCUGCUCGUCAUGCACACUUCAAGGAUGCCGAUAAAUAUUGUAAGAUAAUCUUAGGAAGAGUUUCGCGAAGUCAUGGGUGCACGACUUGUUUAACCUUUACAGUUCUUGCUUUGGCUGUGGGUGCUGCUGUUUCCUUGUCCCCCAAUUUGGAAUCUUUGGAUUUUAAGAAGCUCUCGGAACUUUUCAUCGUUCGGCACUGAGUAGUCUGGAGAAUAUUCCGCAUUACCGGCAGUUGGUUGGUUCAAAACGGCGAUUUUCUUUUCAGCCCAUCUCAUUCACAAAUCACAAUGGGUACAGUAAACCAAUAGCCUCAUAAUAAAGUGCUUAAUGCGGAGAUUGUACACUUAGUUCAAAUCCUGUUCGGAUGACAGAGAAUAGAGGUCAACAAUGCUUUGAGGUUUACUUUAGUUUGACCUUUUUAUAAUUUAUUUGUUGUUCUUGUUUCUGUUGAGUUUUAAUUUUAUUUUAGUUUCUAUGUCUUUACAUUAACUUAUGCUGGCAAAAUGCCAAUGAGGUAACUACAGCUGUAUCCUGAAGUUAGUUUUAAUCAAAGGAAUUUUGGUGGUACAUGGCGAA